UUUCUGCCAAAGUUCAUCUUUUUCGUUUGCGUUUUCCUCCGCCUUCCUCUCUUCCCUAAUCUGUCUGAAACCCUAGAUCAUUUUCCCACAGCAUAAGAGGGCGAGGGAUGGGAGGCCACGGAGGUCUCAACAUCCUCCCGCAGAAGAAGUGGAACGUCUACAACUAUGAGAAUCGCGAGAAGGUUCGGCAAGACGAAGCGGCUGCAGCUCGCGAAGAGCAGCUUAAACGCGAACAGUCUCGCCGCCGAGAUUUGGAAUUCCGCAUCGAGAGACUACGCGAAGCCCGCGGUUUACCUAAUUCUACCUCCGUAUCUUCUUCCUCGAAAUCUUCCACUGCUGAAGCCGAUUCCCGUCACAUUAAUCUCUUCGAUGGCUUAACGGGCUUCUCCUCCCUCGCUGGCGUCGAAGAGAGUGGUUGCAGCGGGAUGAAAAAGGCUAGGGAAGUGGCGGAGGAUGCAGGUUCGAAGAGCAGCAAGAAGAGAAGAAGGGAGGAUGCCCCGGUGAAGGUUCCGCCGGAGGAUGAGAAGUAUAAGCUGGGGUAUGGUCUUGUUGGAAAGGGUGUGCAGGCUCCAUGGUACGCUUCCAAACCCUCGUUUUUAUCAUCUGAUGAUGUGGAUGAGGGAGCUGAUGGUAGGAGGUCUUUGGAGGCCGGCUUGAAUGGAGCGGGGAAGAAGAGUGGAGGGAGAAAAACAAUAGAAGAAUUGAGGGGCUCCACCUUUAACAAAUCUCUCACUUCUAGGCAUCCACGUGCACUGCAAUGCAAAGGAGGUUCACAGUUGUAUAAGAGGAAAAUGCCACCUCGCCGAACCGAACAAAGUGUCAUCGGAAAAGCACAGGAAGAACACCCUCUUGUCAACUGGCCGCACACGGCCGGCUACUUGGAACUCAACCAGUCGACUGGAAGUUCCUACUGA